AUGUCUAUCACCUUGGUUGAAGAGCCUGGCGGAAAGGGGACUCACACGGCACUCGCCACGUCUGAACACCAUAAACACCGCCAUAUUGACAAUACCGGCCAGCAGUCUGGUUCCAAUGAGACUGAGAAGAUUAGCACACACGACGACGGCUUUCCGUCCAACUCCAUUUGCAAGCAGCCGCUGCCCAUUGCGCCAGAGAUCUUCCCAACGUGGAGAAGGACAUCCAUGGCUAAAGGGACGACGGGAGAGGCAAAUCAGCGCGGCAGAGGUACACGGAUCCUUCUUGUGUCGCACAAUUCAAAGACUCAAAUGGGCAAAACGGACUCAUGGAGACAUCCGUCCAGCAAACAUGCUACUGGAUUCCAACCGAAAUUUGAAGUUAGAGCGAUUUGGUCCAGGCCAGAGAAGUUGAGAAAGAAAUAG